ACAUCAUCAUGAGAGCAUUUGUGGUAAUCCUGGCUGUGGUGGCGUGCGCGUCCGCCGGCAACGUGAACCGCGACAAGCGCAGCGGCUCCCUGGGCGGCUGGAGCGGCUCCCUGGGCGGCCUGGGCGGGUACUCCCUCGGCAGCUCGGCCGGCUACUCACUGGGCGGAUCGGGCUGGGCGGCACCCAGCGUGGGCUACGCCGCGCCCGCCGCACAGUUGGUGACGGUCAACAAGGUGGUGAACACGCAGCGCGUGGUGGACGUGCCGCAGGUGGUCAGCGUGCGCAAGGUGGUCAACGAGCCCCGCGUCGUCUCCGUCAACAAGCUGGUGGCCGCUCCCAGCUACUCCUCCGGCAUUGGCUACGGCUCCGGCAUCAGCUCCGGCAUUAGCUCCGGCUAUGUCUCCGGCAUCAGCUCCGGCAUUAGCUCCGGCUACGCCUCCGGCAUCGGCUACGGCUCCGGAUGUGGCUCCGGCUACGGCUGCGGCUCCGGCCUCGUCGCCGCCAACAACGGUAGCUAUCUAAUAAAAUCAUCUCAAGCUAUGGUAAACAAGGUCGCAAUCCUCGCCCUGGUCGCGUGCGCGGCCGCCGGUAACGUGCGGCCCAAGCGCGGCUUCCUGCACGGCGGCUACGCGCCCAGCAUCGGCUACUCCGCGCCCGCUCUCGCCGCCCCGCUGAGCUACUCGCCCGCCCUGGCAGCACCGGCUAUAAGCUACUCCGCCCCCGCCCUGGCCGCGCCCGCCCUUAGCUACUCGCACGCCCUGACCGCCCCGGCUAUCGGCUACGCUUCCCCGCUCUCCUACUCGUCCCACGCCCUCGCCGCCCCCGCUCUCUCCUACUCGACCCUGGCCGCCCCCGCGAUCCGCUACUCGGCGCCCGCGCUCGCCGCACCCCUGAGCUACGCUGCUCCGGCUCUCGCCCCCUCCCUCGCCUACGCCCCCCGCCUCGCCCCCGCCAUCGCCCCCACCGUCGCCGUGGCACCGGCCCCCAUCGCCGUAGCCGCCCCGGCCGCCAAGGUGGUGACAGUGAACAAGGUCGUGAACGCUCAGCGCGUGGUGGACGUGCCUCAAGUAGUCAGCGUGCGCAAGGUGGUUAACGAGCCCCGCGUGGUGUCGGUCAACAAGGUGGUCCCCGCCGGCCUGGGGCUCGGCUACGGCUCGAGCUACGCUGCGGGCUAUGCCAGCGGCUGGUGGUAA